UAAAAGCUAGCUCCGCGUUAGCAUGAGUUUACAACACCGUGGCGAAGUGAAAGUCUCUGACAGUUGAUUUUAUACACCGGAGCCGUAAUUUUCUUCGACAAAAGAUGUGCGAACCGACAUGCUAUCUAGCAAUAGCUGCUAAUAUUAGCCUUCUCUCUCGAGUUCACCGUUGCCAGUGUUAAAUCUAGCUUUCCUCGCAACCAAGUUACCGUGACAAGCUGCUUUGAGUGGCGAAUCAGAACCUUUUCAGUGUGGGCUUUAUGAAAUGUCUACCACUGCGGAAAUGAGCCUGCCACCUGAGUGGAACGACGACGAGCGGAUGAACUUUAUGUUCUCCGAGUUCAAGGAGAACCGGGAUGUGAACACCACGGACUGGGACAGUAAGAUGGACUUCUGGACAGCUCUCAUUAUGCGGAGCUGCAGACGGCGCGGCUCCGUGAUUGUCAACCUGCAGGAUCUCAAUAAGACCUUCCAAAGGAAAGAGAAAACACCGCUGGGCCUUUCGACUGUAAUCCAGACCAUGGCCAGGUGUGGGAAGAUCCAAAGAGAGUCUGAGUUCGCCGCCAGCGUGGACUGUGGGUGGGUUUCCUGGAGUGUGGGGAUGCUGCUGGUGAAGCCACUCAAGUGGACCUUCUCCACGCUUCUGGGCAGCAACAGAGUUCCUCUGGAGGAGUCUUUCGUUGUUAUCGAGCUAGUAAAGGAGAAAGCCACGGAACUGCUAAAGGUCUACCGAAGCAGUGACUUUUCAAGCUGCUCCGUCGUCUCAUUUCAAGAGUUGUGCACUCUGUCCUCCAACAUCUGCGCUGAUGAAAGCACCCUGUGCAUGGCUCUGCUGCAGCUGCAGAAGGACAAGCAGGUCAUAGUUUCCUUGCACGAGGGAGAGAAGAUUGUGAAGUUUUGCCAGCUGGGACAGGAUCGUGUGUCUCCGUUUGGUGACAUAGACAUCGGGAUCUACCAGCUGCAGCGCAGUGAGAAACUUCUGGAAGAGCGUGUGCAGAAACUGAACCUGGAGGCUGACAGGUGCAAAGAGGAAGCAAGAAUUCUGCUGCGAGAUGGGAAGAAAACACAGGCGCUGAGGUGUUUGAGAGGCCGGAAGAGAGUGGAGAAGAGAGCAGACAGCUUGUUCGCCAAGCUGGAGACCAUCCGGGGAAUCCUGGAGCGAAUAGCGCAGUCACAGACUGAUAAAAUGGUCAUGCAGGCCUACCAGGCUGGAGUGUCUGCUCUGAGGAUGUCGCUUAAAGAUGUGACUGUGGAGCGCGCCGAGAAUCUGGUGGAUCAGAUCCAGGAGUUAUGCGACACACAAGAUGAGGUGAAUCAAACCAUUUCCAGUGGUGUAGCUGCUGCAGUAGAUGAAGACAUGGACGAGUUGGAGAAGGAGCUGAAAGCGUUGCUGGAUGAGUCGGAGCCAGAUGUGAACACGUCGGGUCUACCUGCAGUCCCAACGAACCGCCUGGGUCCCACCAGUGAGCAGACCCUCAGUUCUCUGCCCGACGUACCCCGCGGCCACUUGCAUGUUACCACUGACGCGCUAGAGGAGGAACUGAAUCGGUUAACCUUGUCAGAAGCAGGAUCUCCACAGAGGAAGGCAACGUCACCAGGGAGGAGAGCAGAGGCCGCUCAGUGAUUUUCAUCGACAUCCAAGUCAAAACAAAGCACUUUACUUAAUAAAGACAAGUACAGAGGAGGCAUGCCAGUCUGGACUUUCCAACAAAUAAUGCAGAUCUACUUUUUAACUUGCUUGCUGUCAUAAUUUGAAUAACUCUUUGGCUCCAGCGGGAAUGCUUUUAAACCGGUUAAGAGAACCGUACAAAAGGUUUGUCCUGUGUUUAUCGAUUAUACGUGGAUGCUCGUUGUGUAAAGUGUGUGAUAGUGGCCUUCUGAGGUGUAAAGUCGAAGCUGUGUAACGGAAAGACAUGCCAAAUGAUUUAUCAUAACCAAGUUUAUUGUUGAGAUGUACCUGGAAGGAUGGAAAAGAAUACCUAAAGUGAGUUUAACCAAAUAUGUUUGUCAAAAAAUAAAAUUUAUUUUAAUCACUC